UGUGAAUAAUAAAUUAAAUUUUUAUUAUUCUUUAUUUGAACAUUUAUAAUGAACAGAACAAAAUUACAAAAUAUUUUCUUAAGGCCGCUUAAACAAGUCAGAAUUAAUAUCAACAAUGCCAACUGUUUUAAGAUGCUAUCAAAGAUAGCAUUUCAUACUGUAUGUAAUAGUUACAGUACAUCUUGCACAAAUAUCACACAAGAUUUAAACUUUGACUAUCAACAGCUAAAUAAUAUAAUAUUAGAGCGACAUAGUUCAACACAGCAAAAUAACUUUUCCCAUAUGUUUUAUCCUCGGUUUGUUUCUCCUGUAAUUUUAUGUAAUAGAAAAAGGUGGCUGGAAUAUAAAACUUAUCAUGCUAAUCAAAGCUAUAGUGGCAUCAGGCAUUUUUCAAGCACUAACAUUGAUGUUAUUUCUGAAGUCAAAGCUCCAAUGCAGUUCAGUGGAAUUUUCAAAACAAUGUCAGAGAGUACACCUAUUAAAAUUGCACAAGAUUUCUUAUUAUGGAUGCACGACUAUACAGGCUUGCCAUGGUGGUUAGUUAUUGUACUUACCACUGUUGUUAUGAGGGCAACGGUAACUUUACCAUUAUCUUUUUAUCAGCAAUAUAUAAUUGCAAAAUUGGAGAACCUUAAACUGGAGAUGGAUGAAAUAGUUAAAGAGAUGAAGAAGGAAACAGAUUAUGGAGUAUAUAAGUAUAAAUGGUCAAAAGAAUAUGCUACACGUUUGUACACUCAUUCUGUGAAGAAACAAUGGAAUAACUUAAUUAUUCGAGAAAAUUGCCAUCCAGCGAAAGCUAGCAUAUUGGUCCUUGCUCAGUUACCUUUAUGGAUAUCAUUAUCGAUGUCUAUCAGAAAUUUAUGUUACAUGUUACCCAAACAAGAUGCCAGCGCUUAUGCCACUUAUCAGGAGUUUAUAACUGAUGGGUUUCUUUGGGUCACAAACUUGACUGUAGCAGAUCCCUUUCUACUUCCAGUAAUGAUGGGAUUGUUUAAUUUAGCUAUUAUAGAGAUAACUCAUAUGAAUAGGAUAAAAGAAACGACGAAGUUGACGAGAUAUAUGAUUUAUUUCUUCAGAAUUGUUGUCAUUGGUAUGGUUCCUGUUGCCAUGUACGUGCCAUCGUGUGUGAGCUUAUACUGGGCGACUAGCAGCGCAUUUGGUCUCUUACAAAAUUUAAUCUUGUUGUCUCCGAAGUUACGUCGAUUCGCAGGUGUGCCAGUAACUGCCUCGGAAUCAUCGCGUCCGUAUUCGCUACUUCGUGAAAAGAUAAUAGCUAGAUGCAGCUUGAGGAGGAGGAAAAUAGAAACGUCCCCGAGGUCAUAGAUAUUUUUCAUGAUACGAGGAAAAAUUCGUGAAAAUUUGCAGAAGUCUUGCAUUAUGUUUCUUCCUGUUUACGCACGCGUAUAUGUAAACACGCUACUUUUAUAAAAUUUUUCUACAUAAUGACUGAGACAUUUCUAAUUAUCGAAAAAAAAUUAAUUUAAUUACGAUAUUCGAGCAACGUAUACGCAACGAUUUCGUAGAAAUUUGUACAAUUGUCUUCGUAGAAACGCAAUGUUUGUGACAGCGCCAAGUAGUCCACGAGUCACUGAAAUAAUUAUGUGUUGUUCUCAAUGACGCUUAAUAUCUAAAUAAAUGUUCGCGCUCGCGUGAAGAGCGUAUUCUGACGAUUAAAAUAUUAUUAGAACAUAUUCUGACGAGUAAAACAUUAUUGCGACAA